AAAAAAAAUUUUUUUGUAAAAGAUGUUCAAAAGUAGGAUGAUUUAUCCAAUAGAAAUUUAGAAUGCAUAACAAGCACUCACAUUAUUUGGUAGUAUAUUACUACUACAAACUUCAAAUAAAAAGAAAUAAAGUUUAUUGGAUAAACUACAUCAAAAUUUUAAAGAUUCAGAAAUUGUUUGAUAGAAACAACUUUCUGUUGUUAUCGGAGUUUAGACUACCGUAUUAUUUUUAGACUUAUCCAGUAAUUACGAUAAUACCAUUGUCUAUCUUAUUCUAUUCAUGAAUAAAAGGUUAAAGAGGUGAUACAUGCCUGUCCUCAAGAAUAUAAACCUACUUCCAAAAAUAUCUUCUAUGAGGCAUACCAUUUAUUGUCAUAUUUUUUUAAAAAUAAAAUAAAAUAAAAUAA